AUGUCUGGAUCUAUUACAAAUUUUAGUUCGAAUAUACAUUAAGUGCCUAUUAAGGAUUUGUUUAGCAACUAUCCAGACAAUCAAAGUGAAGAAUAGGAAUAGAAAAUCAUUGAAUAAUUAACCUCUUAGCCUAUUUAUGUUAAUUAGUAAUUUGUAAAGGAUUGGAUAGUUUUCACAAAAGAUUUACUCAGAAAGUAACAGGAGGCACAGUAGGCAGAGACAAAUUUAUAAAAUUUACAGAUAUUGUAUCUGUAGGCUAAGGGUGAGCUAAAGAGAAAAGAAAUGUUUGGCAGUGCGACAACAGCCGAAUUGUUAAUGAGUUAAAAUUUCAAGGAAAAAUUAAUCACAGAUAAACUCAAAAGCAUAUAGGAGUAGCUCUAAAAGAAAAAAGACGAUGUUCCUAAUUUGAUAUAUGUAGAUAUUUUCGCCGCUAAAAUUGAGAGUUAAGACAUCUUAAUAUAAGCUAAAGAAUUACUGGAAUAAUUAGAAUAGUACAAUACGGAUUUAUUAAAUCGAUCAUAAGAUCAAGAACUAAGUUUUCAAUUAUUAUCAACCGGUUCCUAAAACUUUUCAGAUGAAUAAACUUGGAGAAUGAAUUAGCAACAGCAGUAAAAUUAAAGAGAAAACACAAACCCUGAUUUGGGAUCAUAGAAUGAUUAUACUAUACAAUCAUGA